AUGGCCGGCGAACUCGCCGGAGACCACACGCCGGAGCUUCUUGGUCUGGUCCACGACAUCGCCGGCAUGUGCGCCGGCUCCUCCUCCGCCCUGCCCAUUGCCGCCGACGCUAUGUUCCGUAAGGACUGCACCGAUCUGGUUCGCCGGAUCUCCCUCCUCACUCACUUGUUUGAGGAGAUAAGAGAACUCAACAACAGCAACAACAAUGUCCUCGCUUCCGCUUCCGCGUCUUCCUCCUCCUCCCCCUCUUCCGCCGCCUCUUCCUGGUCCUCUGAUCUUGUCAUCGCUCUUCACUCGGCAAGACGCUUGCUUUCCGUUGCCAGAAACUUCCGUUCCAAUUGCUCCUCUGACGGAGCUGCAAAGACCAUCGUCUUCCAAUUUCAGUGUGUGACAUGGAAAUUGGAGAAACUGUUGAGCAAUUUGCCGUAUGACAUUUUGGACAUCUCAGAGGAAGUCAAAGAACAGGUGGAUUUGGUGAGAACGCAAUUGAAACGAGCCACGGAUAAGUAUGGGUUUAUGAUUUCAAAGAUGCCAUCUCAUGAAUUAUCCCAGCCACUGGCUGAAGAAAUUAGUCUGGUUCUUGGCAAAUCUGUGGGUGGAUUGUACAAACAACACAGCUGUCCUGAAAAUUUAUCAGAACUAGACAGCACUUCUAAAAACAAUGGAGAGAAUAAUUGCAGCACAAAUCGGGCUGGAUCUCGCUUGGAAAGAGCAAGGAGCAUCCCUGCUUCUUCUGAAGUUCCCUCUUUGAAUGAAGCUGAUCCUGAAAGUCAAGAAAUUUCUGGGAGACAGAAUCUACCGGAGGUUAAAAAGCCUGAAGCAAUUGUAAUUCCUGAAGAUUUUCUUUGCCCUAUAUCCUUGGAACUAAUGAGGGAUCCUGUUAUUGUGGCGACUGGUCAGACGUAUGAGAGAUCUUACAUACAGAGAUGGAUAGAUUGUGGAAAUACAACAUGUCCUAAAACACAGCAGAAGCUCCAACAUUUGACCCUUACACCAAAUUAUGUUUUAAGGAGCCUUAUUUCUCAGUGGUGUAUAGAGCACAACAUUGAGCAGCCAACAGGACUAACUAAUGGGAGAAUAAAGAAAAGUGAUGGGUCGUUCAGAGACGUUACGGGUGACAUAGCAGCAAUUGAAGCUCUGGUGCGGAAGCUCUCCAGCCGGUCUGUGGAGGAGCGCAGAGCAGCUGUUACUGAAAUUCGAUCUCUCUCCAAACGAAGUACUGACAAUAGGAUACUAAUUGCUGAAGCUGGAGCAAUUCCAGUUCUAGUCAACCUUCUAACAUCAGAAGAUGUAUUGACGCAAGACAAUGCUGUUACUUCAAUUCUCAACCUUUCCAUUUAUGAAAACAACAAAGGACUUAUAAUGCUUGCUGGUGCCAUUCAAUCCAUUGUCCAAGUCCUCCGGGCUGGAACCAUGGAAGCAAGAGAAAAUGCAGCAGCAACCCUCUUCAGCUUGUCACUUGCAGAUGAGAACAAAAUAAUCAUUGGUGCCUCAGGAGCCAUACCCGCUUUGGUAGAAUUGCUCCAAAACGGGAGUCCUAGAGGAAAGAAGGAUGCAGCAACAGCUUUGUUCAACUUAUGCAUUUAUCAAGGGAACAAGGGCAGGGCCAUUAGGGCAGGGAUCAUCACAGCAUUGUUGAAAAUGCUUACAGAUUCAAGCAAAUCAAUGGUUGACGAAGCCCUAACAAUAAUGUCGGUUCUUGCCAGUCACCAAGAGGCAAAAAUUGCUAUAGUAAAAGCCAGCACUAUACCAGUUUUGAUAGAUCUUUUGAGGACCGGUUUACCUCGCAAUAAAGAGAAUGCGGCUGCUAUUCUACUUGCUUUGUGCAAGAGAGAUGCCGACAAUCUUGCAUGUAUAAGUAGACUUGGUGCUGUCAUACCUCUCUCUGAACUUGCUCGAACUGGUACAGAGAGGGCCAAACGGAAGGCUACUUCAUUACUGGAGCAUCUUCGAGUUUACGGGGUCAAUACAAGUCUGUACGACUAUGAAAACUUGCAUAUUACUCAUCAACAAGAUCUUUACAUUGAAGCCGAACUCAUCAACCAUUGUUGUAGAUUCAGGAUGAGGUCAAUACGAGAGAUCUGGCUCACUUACUUCAACCGGAAGUCAUCUUUGAAUCAAACAGCAAGGAAGCAACUGGAUCCAGUUUAUCAGGAAAAGUCCUCAAUAUGGUGUAUUUGCAAUGCUGCACUUCAUCAUGUCCCAUUCAAUCAACCUCUUUCAAUUUUAUACUCACUUUUGCAUCAAUUCUCGACCACCCUUAUCCAUGUAAAGUCCAUCCAUGCACAGAUUAUUAAGAAUUGGGUAUCCACUGAAAACUAUCUGGCCUCAAAACUCAUCAGAUCCUACUCUGAUCUGGGUUUUCUUCGACCUGCCCGCAAGGUGUUUGAUCAAUGUUCUCUACCGGGUACCGCUGUUUGCAAUGCCAUGAUGGCUGGCUUCCUGAGGAACCACCAACACAUGGAGGUUCCCAAGUUGUUCAAAAUGAUGGGGUCGGGUGAUAUAGAAAUCGAUAGUUACACGUGCAUGUUUGCUCUUAAGGCAUGCACCAGCUUGUUGGAUGAUGAAAUUAGUAUGGAAAUAGUCAGGGCAGUGUUUCGAAGGGGGUUUCAUUUGCAUCCCUAUGUUGGUAGUUCAGUUGUUAACUUUUUGGUGAAGUGUGGUUAUCUUGAUGAUGCGCGGAAAGUCUUUGAUGUGAUGCCAGAAAAGGAUGUUGUAUGUUGGAAUUCUAUCAUUGGUGGUUAUGUUCAGGAGGGACUCUUCAAGGAGGCAAUUCAAAUGUUCCUUGAGAUGAUUGGUGGUGGGUUAAGGCCGAGUCCGGUGACAAUGGUGAGCUUACUCAAAGCGUGUGGAGACAGUGGGCUUAAAGAACUUGGAACCUCUUCUCAUGGUUGUGUCAUUGCAUUAGGCAUGGGGAAUGAUGUAUUUGUGCUUACUUCGUUGGUUUAUAUGUAUAGUAAUUUAGGUGACACUGACAAUGCUGCUUUGGUUUUCAAUGGCAUGUCCAAUAGAAGUUUGAUUUCAUGGAAUGCUAUGAUUUCAGGAUAUGUUCAAAAUGGUUUGAUACCUGAAUCUUUUGCACUCUUUCGUAGACUAGUCCAAAGUGGUUCUGGGUUUGAUUCUGGAACCUUGGUUAGCCUUAUUCGGGGAUGUUCUCAAACAUCUGACAUGGAAAAUGGAAGGAUCCUCCAUGCUUGUAUUAUUAGAAAAGGACUUGAAUCGAACAUAGUUUUGUCCACUUCAAUUGUUGACAUGUAUUCUAAAUGUUGUUCCACAAAGCUAGCAACUAUUGUUUUCCGAAGAAUGGGGAAAAAGAAUGUAAUCACAUGGACUGCUAUGCUGGUGGGUUUAUCUCAAAAUGGCUAUGCGGAGGAUGCCCUUAAAUUAUUUUGUCAAAUGCAAGAAGAAAAAGUGGCCGCCAAUUCUGUCACUCUUGUUAGUCUUGUGCAUUGUUGUGCUCACCUAGGAUCUCUGAAGAAAGGAAGGAGUGUCCAUGGUCAUUUGAUCCGGCAUGGUUAUGCAUUUGAUGCAGUUAAUGUGUCAGCGUUGAUUGAUAUGUAUGCCAAGUGUGGUAAAAUUCGCUCUGCUGAGAAGUUAUUCAAUAAUGGAUUCCAUUUAAAAGAUGUUAUACUAUGUAACACUAUGAUUAUGGGUUAUGGAAUGCAUGGUCACGGGCAUUAUGCUCUAGGUGUAUAUGAUAGAAUGAUAGAGGAAAGGCUCAAGCCAAACCAAACAACAUUUGUUUCUCUGUUAACAGCUUGCAGUCACGCAGGCCUUGUUGAAGAGGGUAAGGCUUUGUUCAACUGUAUAGAAAGGGAUCAUAACAUUAAGCCUCAGGACAAACACUAUGCUUGUCUUGUAGAUCUUCUUAGUCGAGCAGGCCGCCUCAAGGAGGCAGAUGCAUUGGUGAAAGAAAUGCCUUUUCAGCCCAGCACAGAUGUGCUUGAAGCUUUGCUCAGCGGUUGCAGAACCCAUAAGAAUAUUAACAUGGGGAUACAGAUAGCAGAUAGAUUAAUUUCCUUAGAUUACUUGAACUCUGGAAUCUAUGUCAUGUUAGCAAAUAUUUAUGCUGAAGCAGGAAGAUGGGAAUCAGUGAAUAACAUAAGAGGCCUCAUGAGGAUGCAGGGCCUGAAGAAGGUACCUGGUUACAGUUUGAUAGAAGUAGAGAACCUGGUACAUACAUUUUUUGCUAGUGAUGAUUCACAUCCUCGUUGGUCUGAAAUUUAUGAAUUAUUAGAAAAUUUGAGACUUGAGGUGGAGGCAGAAGGUUACGUUCCUGAUACUAGUUGUGUUCUUCGUGAUGUAAAUGAGCCAAUGAAGGUUAAGUUACUCUGGGGACAUAGUGAGAGACUAGCUAUUGCAUUUGGUCUUUUAAGCACACCAUAUGGAAGCUUGAUUAGGAUCACCAAAAACCUUCGAGUAUGUGUUGACUGUCAUACUGUCACCAAAUACAUAUCAAAAAUAGUUCAGAGGGAAAUUAUUGUCAGGGAUGCUAAUCGUUUCCAUCACUUUGUUAACGGGAAAUGCUCAUGUAAUGAUUACUGGUAA